CAGCAGUGGCCGGCGCUGGGCGGCCUCGGAGAGCGCUGCGCUCCCGUCCCGUCCGCUCCCGUCCCGUCCCGGCCGGCGCUGCCCAUGGCGUAGCCGCGCUGCUGCGCGCCUGCCCCGCGGGACGCGGCGUGGACGGACCUGCCACCAGGCAAUUAAAAGUCCGGAGGAUUUGAUUUCAAAGCACACUAUAAAUUUCAAAGAAAGCAAAUCUACAUGAAGAGCUACAAAGGGAAUUGAUUUGAGAAGAUACAGCAUUUGCAAAAAUGUCUUCAAGUUGUGUGACUUCAGUGUUUGCUUUGAUGGUUUUGUGCUUUGCAGCUGCAGGUCCUGUGCCUCUCAGUGAAUGUGUCUUAUCGCCUGUUAACAAUUCGCACCCAGUCCAUGCCUUAUUGGAAAGUUUUACUGUCUUAUCUGGCUGUGCAAGCCGAGGCACGACGAGCCUGCCACAAGAAGUGCACAUCCUCAAUCUCAGAAACCCUGAGGAGGGUCUUGGCCAUCAUGAAAGAGAGGUCACAUUACAUUUGAAUCCAAUUUCAUCGGUGCAUAUUCACCAGAAGCCUUUGGUGUUUCUUCUCAACUCUCCUUUGCCUUUAGUGUGGAAGCUAAAAACAGAAAGACUGGCACCUGGAAUCCGAAGAGUUUUCUUCGUGUCUUUAGGUUCCGUUGUUCAGUUUGAGAAGGGAAAUUUCUCCUUGUCAGCAGAAACAGAAGAAAAGUUUUUUCCUGAGAAGAAUGAACAUCUGCUACAGUGGGCCCAGAAGGAGUAUGGAGCAGUAACAUCUUUCACUGAACUUAAAAUAUCAAGAAACAUCUAUAUUAAAGUAGGAGAAGAUCAAGUUUUUCCUCCCUCGUGCAACAUUAAAAAGAAUUUUCUCUCUUUAAAUUACCUUGCGGGAUACCUUCAACCAAAGCCAGCAGAGGGGUGCCUUAUGUCUAACUUAGUCCAAGAAAGAGAAGUUCAUAUCAUUGAACUAAGCACUCCAAAUUCCAAUCCAAACAGUGCUCUCCAGGUGGAUAUAAUCGUUGACAUUAAACCAUCUCAACCAGGCGCCAGACUUGUCAGAGAUGUCGUACUUAUCCUCAAGUGUAGAAAGUCUGUCAAUUGGGUUAUCAAGUCUCAUGAUGUCCAGGGAAAGCUGGAAGUGAUUACAUCAAAUAGUAUUGGUUUUGGAAAGGAAACAGAACGGUCCAUGACUAUGAGUAAAUCAGUAAUACCUGAUAUUCCCUCAUCGCAUGAGAGUUUGAUCAAGUGGGCUUAUGAGCAUAACUAUAGUCCAGUUACUUCCUAUACAAAAGCUCCUGUUGCUAACAGAUUUCAUCUGCAACUUGAAGAUACAGAAGAGAUGAAUGACGAAGAAGACCAUUCCCUUCCUCCAGAGCUGACAGAAUUGCUGGGAGCUAAUCCACUGCCUGCUCCAAAGAAUCCUGCACUAAGUGAUGGCCUGACUUUUCCAUUUCACAUUAACAGAGGAAGGCAUGACACAGUGGGAGAAGAAAUCUUCCCAUCUAGGCACUCAGUAGAUACAUUAAUAAAUCAUGACUUUGGACAUUCCCUCUCAAAACAUAAAGAACCAGAAGAGGUUCAGGGCAGUGCUGAUGUGGCCCUGUCAAUAAAGUGUGAUGACAAAACCAUGACAGUAGCUGUAGAAAAAGAUGCUCUUCAGGCCACUGGCUACACACGGACAGAGCUCUCACUGCUGGAUCACUCUUGCAAAGCCAGGAUGAAUGGCACCCAUUUCAUUUUGGAGUCUGCGCUGAACCAGUGUGGGACUCGGACAGCAUAUAUCUUGAACAGGAUCGUUUAUUUUAACUCUAUUGUCAUUCAGCUGUCAUCACCAGCUGAAGGCAGCGGCUUUGAUGAUGAUGACAUGGAAUCAGGUGAUAAUGGAUUUCCAGGGGAUGUUGAUGAGGGAGACGUUUCUUUCUCAAGCUGGCCUGAAAUAGCGUUUAAUUGCACACUGCACCAGCCAGAGGAUGACAGAGGCAUAUUCUGGCCUCCUGAACCACACAUCACCAAUGUGACCUUCAACAUGGAGCUGUACAAAACAGAUUUGUUCCUUGCUCCCUCCCAAGGACUCUUCUCUGUUGCUGAGAAUGGGCCAGUAUAUGUAGAGGUGUCUGUGACUAAAGCUGACAGAUCCUUGGGCUUUGCCAUUCAGACAUGCUUUGUUUCCCCGUUUUCAAAUCCAGAUAGAAUGUCUGACUAUACCAUUAUAGAAAACAUUUGUCCUAAAGAUGAAUCUGUUAAAUUCUACAGUAUUGAGAAGGUGAAUUUUCCAGUACCACAUGCACAGAGGGACAAAAAAAGAUUUAGCUUUGUGUUUAAACCAAUGUUCAACAUCUCACUGCUCUUUCUUCACUGCGAGUUGACUUUGUGUACAAAUAAAGACAAAGAUACUCAAGGACUGCCAAAGUGCAUUCCUCCUGAUGAAGCUUGCACCUCUCUGAAUGUGGAUAUGAUCCUGGCCAUGAUGCACAACAAGAAAACCUUCACCAAGCCCCUUGUAAUAACACAUGAAGGAAAACAAGAAGAUCCUUCCCUUCCAAAGCCAAAUGUGAGACAGCCACCUGUGUUCUACGGGCUGGACACGCUGACUGUGGUGGGCAUUGCCUUUGCAGCCUUUGUGAUCGGGGCCCUGCUGACCGGAGCGCUCUGGUUCAUCUACUCCCGCACAGGGGAAACAGCAGGAAGACAGCAGGUCCCGACAUCCCCGCCAGCAUCCGAGAACAGCAGUGCAGCUCACAGCAUUGGCAGCACACAGAGCACCCCCUGCUCCAGCAGCAGUGCCACCUAACCCGGGGGGACACAGCUGAGGAGCAGCAUAGGAGCACACAGGUUCCAAGGACUGUGUGUGGACAUCAGCUUUUUAUAGUUAAAAGGGUUGUUGUGGUUGCUUCUGAAAAAAAUGAGGAGGGAUUUUUCUACAGGAGAAAAAAAAAAAAAGGACGGAUUUUCUUUUGGGGAAGCCACUGUGUGUCUGAGUGUGUAUAUGAGCACACAAUGCAUGAGUGAACGCAGCCUGAUGGAUCUUGUUUAGCAUGUUAUGCUACAUGUGACAAAGCUACUAAUUUUACAGUACUGCAACCUGUUCUAGGGGUCUGCGGGCCCCUCAAUGUGAAAUCUGUGCCAGUUUGGAAAAAUGCUGCUUUGUCUGUACAAUUUUUUUUUCUUUCCCUGAACCUUCUCGUUGACACAAAGUAUUCAUUAAGGGAAUUUAAUCAUAGAAUCAUAGAAUGGUUUGGGUUGGAAGGGACCUUAAAGAUCAUCUAGCUACAAACCCCCUGCUGUGGGCAGGGACACCUUCCACUAGACCAGGUUGCUCAGGCAGUGUCCAGUGUGGCUUUAAACACUUCCAGGGAUGGGGCAGCCACAACUUCUCUGGGCAGCUUGUUCAGUGCCUUACCACCCUCACAGAAAAGAGGAUCUUUUCUAAUAUCCAAUCUAAACCUGCCCUCUUUCAGUUUAAAGCCAUUACCCCUUGUUCUGUCACUACAUAAGAUAGGGAGAACAGAGAUGAUCUUGGGUCAAAGGAUUUCUGUUUGUCUAAGCAAGAAAGCCUCAAGGUCAGAUCUGUUUGGUUAAUAACAUUUUAUUAUUUCAGCUACGUUUAGCCACUUUUGAGUAAUCUUUGUUUUGUUCAGCUUACAGCUACAGCAUCUCAUUUGCUUUCCUGUUGUGUUUGUAGCUUCAAGUUUGUUCCAGGUAUUUUUGUUGUAAUAUGCAUUGAUUUGCUAAUCGGAAAAGAGCACACUCUAACAUUCCCUCUCUUGUUUUUUGGGCCAAAGCUCUUUAGUAAGAGAUUUUUUUUAAUCUACUAUACCAAAUACAGGCACACACAAACAUUAAGACAAAGAAUUGUCUUGUGCACUAACAUAGAUGUGUGUGUAUCUUUAAUGACAAUGUCUUUAUGCAAGUAGAUGUAUACCUAGGUAUACAGAGCCUAACUUACCACUUAAACAAUUAGCAAUUAGCUCAGUGUCCCUUUCACACAUAAAAUAUAAAAUGUUUAUGUAUAUAUAUAUAUAUAUGAAUAAAAAACUGUCUCUUCAGUUUAUAGAUGAUAGAGGAGAUAAAGAAGUUGAUUUGGUUCUAAUCCUUUAGCUAGCCCUUUGAAAUAAGAGAUGGGUUUUGAGAGCACAAAGAAUAUAUACAGUAGAACAUGUCGUUUGUGCAGAAUACUGCCUGUUCUCUGAAGAUAGUUGUGCAGUUGUUUGUAUCAAACUGUUGUAUGAACAUUGCAGUUGGAUAGUCCCAAAGUAGUUUCGGAAUAUGGAAAUGGCAGAAAGGUACUAAUUUUCACAGUAUUUUUUAGUAUCCUUGCCUUAUCUUGAGCUUCAAAUUGAUGCCAAAUGAAAAAAAAAAAAGACACUUUCAAUGUGUAAUUGUUUGACUGUUGGUUGCCACUUUGUAAUUGUAAUGUGUUCUACUGAUUCUUCUCCUUUGAGGAAAAAAGAGCAUUGUUUUCCUCUAAAAAUGAGAUUAACAACUUUCAUUAAUUUUAGUGAAAGUUACCUGUGUUCUGCAAGAGAGGAAGGGAGUUCAUUACACUCAAGUGAUAGUCUGCUCUGAAGUCUGAGCUGCAGGUCUCUUGCUGAUUCUACACUUGUGCCUUGCUGAUGCCAGGAUGGUUGAAGUGCAAGAUAUGCGAUAGACGCAAGUGCCCAGGAUAAGGCAGAAUAUUGCUCACUUUAAAUCAAAUCUGUUACUAAUCCUGCAAACACUUACACACGCGAGUAACUGCACGCCUCGUCCUUGCUAUUUAGAAGCACAUGCUGGACUCAGCAUGGAGUUGGUGCACAGAGUUACACAUGCAGAAAUGUUUUAUGUUAGCAGGCCAGGGAGAAGUCCUGGUCACAUGGACAGAUUGCCACGUGGACGUAGCUCUGCGUGCGUAGGGGUUUGCAGGAUUGGCUCUGUUACGAGGUGUCGGGAGGAUGAAUGUGCUACCUGUGUGGUUGGAAAGAAAGCGCUUUGCCUAACCUUCAGCAGAAUGUAUUGUUUAAGCAUAUUCUAUGUGUAAAGUCUUUAAAGAUGUCUUCAAAGAAGACUAGAGUCUUUAAGUUCAAUCAUAGCUAUAUUUUACUACAUUAAAUUUCUGUAUAAAGAUAUAUUUAAAUGUUUUAGAUAAAUGUAAGUUACUCUAUAUGAAAUUUUUAAUUUCAAUUACUGUGAAAUUUACAUAUUUUGUAAAUUCUUUUCCCCUGUUUUAACCCUUUCCUUCCUCAGAUAUUUUAUUAAGCAGUUUCUGAUAGGAAGUAUUAGAUUUGGUUGUUGGGACAGACAGGUUGAAAACUCCUCUGUAAAAUAGAUAAUUAUAUAUUUUUGAGAGAAACAUGCUGCAUUAUCAAUCUCUUUAAAACCAUAAUGUUAAAAUAAUUUACUGGUUUAUAUUUACCAUUGGACAAACCAAAAAUAUAUAAAGGUCAAAGAUUUGAUUUGUUGACUUGUAUAUGAAAUACAGUUUAAAUUAACUGAACUUGGUGUACUCAGCUAUUUAAUUCAGAAAUUUUAAUCCGCUCGAAUUAAUUGUCUAUUGGAGGUUACCAAAAUUAUUACUUAGCAGAUGGAACAGCCAUUUCUGCUUCGAUAAAGAGAGAGACAACCAAACCUGGGCAUUCCCAGUUAAUAGCUUUAUUACAGAAGUGUAUAGUACUUCUCAGCAGCUGUUAAGCUGCCCUCAGUUCAGAGUCCUGAUACACUUAUAGCUCUAUUUUUGUAGCAGCCAUUUGUCUCUGCUGCAAGUUUCUGUGUGCGGUGUGGCAAGGUCCCGAAUGUGUAACUGCUCAGCCACUGAUUCCCUCCUGUGUCCAACGUAGUCUUGCCAUGCUGGACUCACGUGGCAGAUCCCUGUGGGGUGUGGAAGGCCAGUGAGACGCUGCUGGCCCAACGGAGGGUGGUACAGCAGGGUUUUGGAGGGAUGGAGUCAGGGGUUAAUUUCAGCAUGGUGGAAUCAAGUGCAAAGGAACUUUUUAUGUAAGAAUGGGAGGAUUGGGCUUAAAAAGGGACACCUUCUGCCUGUAAAAGCUAUUAAUAACGUACUUAAACUCCAAAGUAGACUGUUUCUUCUAUCAUGUGUUGUCUAAUCACUAACUCUAACCUUUUACAGCAUUUGGUUUUGGACAUUAUUAUAUUUAUGUCUCAAGAGGUCAGAUCUUUCUGUGUUAGGCUGUGUUUGUAGCGUAUUCCACGUGGAAAUGGAUUUUGCAAAAUUCUGUAAAUGCUGAUGAUUGUAACCUUCCCCCUGCCCUUUUCUAACCCUUCCUCUCCUGUUUGUUCUUUCUGUUAUGUAUAUCUACCUCAUGCUUCACAAGAAGACUGUACUGUUGGUUGUGCUGACAGCCCUUCGUGUGAGGUGACUGUUUGCCCUGUUGUUGUUUGUCAUUCGUAGGGAUGUUCAUAGUGUUAUCAGAUCUUUGCUACCACGUUCCUACCAGUUCCAAACACAAUAUUCUCACCUUUGAAAAAAUAAAUGUAUUUCUUUAAGAUGCAAAUGCCAGAUGCUUUUUUAAAAUCAAAGAAUGGGAGAAAUUUACUUGCUAAUACCUGUGGCCAGUCUGAACGCCCCAUUUGUAUUUCAUAUUACAUUCAGUAUUUCAGAGACUUGUGGAAAUGCACAGUUGUACAGUUUUGAUAACCACAGUGUCAUGUCAUCUUAGUCUCUUGUGCAUAAUAAAGUAUAUAUCAAUUUAUUAAUAA